UUGCGGGGUUUUCCCAGCAGCGUUCAGCACGUUAAAAUGGCAUGUUGUCAGUAAUGGAGUAGUCAAGAACAUUUUAAACAAAAAAGAGGUAGGAUUGUUUAGAAAGUUGCAAGCUGGACUUAUUUUACAGCUGUUUCGGUUCCCUUAGUUUUGCACUAAACUGUACUUCUGAAACAAAUCUCUUUCUGAAAAAUGUGUGCUGAAGUGCGGGAUUUCCGAUAGCCGGGAAGGCAGCAUUUUGUACAGUCUUGUAGGCAGUGACCGACGUUAGAAUGUCUCGUGCUGCUUUUAGCCACUCAGGCUGAUAUGUUUUCAAGUGUUGUAACGGUGGCAAAAGCCGUUCGGUAACGUUUCGGCUUGAACAUACGGGGAGGAGAUGACAGACAAACCACUGUCAGGAAACAACAAGCAGUAAGCAGAAGUAAAUCCCGGAACUUGAGGAGCUAACGUUAGCUAGCUCUUUGUUGACAGCACCAGAACCCGAGAGUUCUAAAUCAAACUGCACGAAACUGUUUUCAGAGUUUUUACAAGUGACGUUGAUUUGUCCGCUGGGCUUCUGGAAGAAAACCAGUAGUUUCUGCUAGUUUUUUCCCCUCCACACACUUGUGGAUUUGAAAGAUGACAUCAAGAGGAGGUUUUUCGGUUCCACCGAUGACUCCGAACGUGAGUCCGAUGAGUAUGGGACACGCUGCGGGCAUGAGGAUGAGCGCGAUGCCGCAACCUGGAGGAGGUUAUCCCCGGAGCAUGACCACCGCUCCCCAGUACCACCAGCGCCCAGGGAUGCCCUCCAACAGAAUAGGAGGUGCAAUGGGAUCAAUGGCGGGGCACCUUCCAGGUCCUUCAUAUGGUGGUGGGACGAUGCCCAUGCGUCCCAGCAUGGGACCCCCAAACUUGGACGCAUCAAGAAAGCGGUUUCUUCAUCAGCAACAGCAGCAACAAGAGGCCCUGGGAGGCCUCAGACGAGGGGCCAAAAGACGCAAGAUGGCUGACAAGGUUCUCCCACAGAGAAUACGAGACCUGGUCCCUGAGUCUCAGGCCUACAUGGACCUCUUGGCAUUUGAGAGGAAGCUGGAUCAGACGAUUGCCCGAAAGCGCAUGGAGAUUCAGGAAGCUAUCAAGAAGCCCAUUAUGCAAAAGCGCAAACUUCGGAUCUACAUUUCUAACACGUACACCCCCAGCAAGCCCGAGGGCGAGGAGGCAGAGAAGGUGUCCUCUUGGGAGCUCAGAGUAGAGGGCAAACUUCUGGAGGAACCUGGGAAGCAGAAGCGGAAGUUCUCAUCUUUCUUCAAGAGCCUGGUAAUUGAGCUCGACAAGGAGCUCUAUGGACCUGACAACCACUUAGUAGAGUGGCAUAGGAUGCCCACCACUCAGGAGACAGAUGGAUUUCAGGUCAAGAGGCCUGGCGACGUGAACGUCAAAUGCACGCUGCUGCUCAUGCUUGACCACCAGCCCCCUCAGUACAAACUGGACCCGCGGCUGGCUCGUCUGCUGGGUGUGCACACACAGACACGGGCCAGCAUCAUGCAGGCUCUUUGGCUCUACAUCAAGAACAACAAGCUGCAGGACAGUCAUGAAAAAGAAUACAUCAACUGCAACCGCUAUUUCAGACAGAUCUUUGGCUGUCCACGGAUGCGGUUUUCUGAGAUUCCCAUGAAACUGGCAGGCCUGCUGCAGCACCCUGACCCCAUCAUCAUCAAUCAUAUCAUUAGUGUGGACCCCACAGAUCAGAAGAAAACAGCAUGUUAUGAUAUCGAUGUGGAGGUAGAGGACCCUCUGAAGGGUCAGAUGAAUAAUUUUCUGUCCUCCACAACUAACCAACAGGAAAUUGCAGCCCUGGAGAUGAAGAUCCAUGAGACGAUUGAGUACAUUAACCAGCUAAAGACUGAGAGGGACUUCAUGCUGAGCUUCAGCAAUAAUCCACAGGACUUUAUCCAGGACUGGCUGAAGUCCCAGUGCAGAGAUCUAAAGUUGAUGACUGAUGUAGCAGGGAACCCAGAGGAGGAGAGGAGGACGGAGUUCUACCAGGCAGCCUGGGUACCAGAGGCAGUGGGAAGAUACAUGUACUCCAAAGUACAGCAGAGAAGACAAGAGCUGGAGCAGGUGUUGGGUAUCCGCCUCACCUAAAAAUCCAGGAGUGUGUCUGCAAACUGGACCUUCACAUCUUAAAGCCUUAAUCAAAUGAACUGGGAAAGAGGGGGGAAAGUAAUGCUGCAGCUGAAUCUUCUCAUGACAAAACCGUUUUUGGCAGACGCUUCUCAGCGGGAUACGUCUUCUGUAUUCACAUCCUUUAACAAUUCUAAAUUCAGCUGAAUAUAUGGGACCGAUGUUCUGAUUUACAUGGUGCCAAUAAUAAUUUUGCCGUUGCAUUUUAAGCUUGUUUAAAUGGUCUGCUUGUUUUAUUUUUAUUUUAUUUUUUAAUAAUUUUGAUAUAGUACUUAAAAAAUUAAUAUUUGGUGCUUUCUACAUGUUGUUCGCCAUAAGUUGGUGUGUUCUGUUAAAAUUGUGCCUGUUUACCAUUAAUUCUGAAAGCCAUAAAUGUUUUAGAAGGACAUUGCCUGAAAUCUGCUAAUGUCUCGUUGAAUACAAAAUGAGACAUACGUUUUUGUAACGAUAUUUACAGAAAAUACAGAAUAUAUUUUGAUGCAGAAAAUUCUAGUUUUUAUUGAAAUAAAUAUAAAAGUUUUGGAUUAUACACUCAAAACAGUCAGGGUCAUAAAUAUUUGGACAGUGCUUGUAACCUUUUUUUUUUUUUUUUUUUUUUUUUGGCCUCUGUACACCUGCAGAAUGGAUUUAAGAAGAAACAUUCAGCAUGUACAUGCAGUGUAGACUGCCCACUUUAAUUCAGCGGGUUUAACAAAAAUAUCACAUGAACCAUAUAGGAAUUGCGGUCAUUUUUGCACACAGUCCUCUAUUUUAUUUUUAAGAAACUAUAAAAAAUCGACAUUAUGUGGGUCAUUAUUAAUUCAAAUCAUCACUUUUACAACCAUUUUAAUUUAGGUACGUUAGGAGAUUGAUGCAUGAAGGCAGGAGUGGUGGACAAGUGGUCAGUGCACUUGGUUUCAGUGCUUGAAGGUUCCUGGUUCAAACUCCACCCCUGCCACAUUCGCCAUAUAAUGUGGAGUUGCGUCAGGAAGGGAAUUCAGCGUAAAACGUGCCAAAUUAUACAAGGGAGCAGCCGAAGGGAUUUACUUAGGAGAUGGAUACAUGAGCAUUUCCAAGUCAAUUCUAUAUCUUGAUAUUCAUUUAUAUCAGUUGUUAAAAAAUACAAAUAGUAUGCUAAAUCUGUGUAGGGUCAGCAGGUCUUAAAAAAAAAAGGGAAACGUGUGUCCAAAUAUUUAUGGACCAGGCAGCUGGUUUUGAGAUGCCUUAUAUUUUAAAUAGAAAGCAGUAAGAAGUUUAUCUGAUUUAUUAAUGCUUUUAUAAUUUACUUUUUCUUUAACAGCAACUACAUGAGUUGGAAUUACACAUUUCUUUAAUUAAUAUAAGAAGGUAAGAUUUCAUUCACAGCUGGCAUUUAUUUGGGGACUUUGUGUGUGUGUGUGUUUGAUCAUUUACAUGCAGUUUUCAUUUGUGGUCGGGAUGGUUCAAUAUCAUACUCUUAUGUUGGGGUUUUAUUGGGGGGGGGCGGGGAGUGCAGGCUUCGCUUCAAACAUUCCACGUUAAGAUAUCACUGUGCCAAAGUUUAUGUGAAAAGGCACUUAGAAUGUGUAAAAUCUUAACUUUAAUUGUACAGACAGUUAAAAAUAUUUACAUGUUGUGUAUCGUCUCCCAGAAGCCUUUAUCUUUUUAUACAAUUGGAGUAUUUUUGCAAUAAACAUGUUUAUAGAUG